AUCAGUCUAUUUUUCUCUCUUUCCCAGCUUUUAUUUGAAACCAUAUUGAUUAUUUGUUGAUUUACUUGCUGUAUAUUCCUCCCCCCCCCACCCAACACACCACAGUAGACUGUGAACCCCAUGAGAGCAAGACCUUUGGCCAAUUUACUCCUUAUAGCUAUACCAGAAACAUAGUAGGUUCUUAGGGUUUUUCCAGAAGGAGCACUAUUGACAUUUUGGCUGGGGUGAUCAUUCUUUGUGCAGUUUACUGUCACAUGUUUAGCGUCCCAGACCCCUUGAGAACUCAAUGCUAGUAGCACACGUCCCUCCCAUCAUUUGACCAGGAGCGAGCAAACUUUUUCUGUUUUAAAGAAGCAGGCAUAAAUAUUUUUCACUUUGCAGAUCCUAGGGUCUCUGUCACAGCCACUCAACUUUGCUGUUUUAGCAUGAAAACUGCCAUAGAAAAUACAGAAAUGGAUAUGGCUUUGUGCCAGUGAAACAUUAUUUACAAAACAGGCAGCCAGCCUGAUGGCUAUAGUGUGCAGACCCUGCACUCAAUAUCUGCAAACAUCUGAAGUAGGGCGAUCAGCUACCUGUUCUCAAAACUCUCCCGGUUUUAACACUGAAAAUUCCCAUGUCCUGGGAGACACCAGUCCCGGGCAAACCCUACCAAAGGGAUGAAUGAGUAGGCUGUACUUGGGAAUUCCAAUCAAAGUAGCACCCCCGCCCUGUCAUCUGAACCUGCUCCUUGGAGGGCGGGGGUCCUGAGUGGGUGUGCCUCUCUUCUCCAGACGGGCUGUGCCAUCAUUGCAGGCGUCCUGCACUACCUUUUCCUCGCCUGCUUCUUCUGGAUGCUGGUGGAGGCUGUGAUGCUCUUUCUUAUGGUCAGGAACCUGAAGGUGAUGAAUUACUUCAGCUCUCGCAACAUCAAGAUGUGGUACCUCUGUGCCUUUGGCUACGGGCUCCCAGGGCUGGUGGUGGCUGUCUCAGCCGGUGUGCAACCACAGGGUUACGGGAUGCGUAAUCGCUGUUGGCUGAACACAGAGACAGGGUUCGUCUGGAGCUUCCUGGGACCAGUCUGCGCCAUCAUCCUGAUCAAUUCCAUCCUCCUGACUUGCACGUUGUGUAUCCUGAGGCAGAAGCUUUCCAGUGUCAAUGCUGAAGUCUCCACGCUCAAAGACACCAGGUUACUGACGUUCAAGGCAUUUGCCCAGCUCUUCAUCCUGGGGUGCUCCUGGGUGUUGGGCAUUUUCCAGAUUGGAUCCAUGGCCAGUAUCAUGGCCUACCUGUUCACCAUCAUCAACAGCCUGCAGGGGACCUUUAUCUUCAUCAUUCACUGUCUGCUCAACCGCCAGGUGCGGGAAGAAUACAGGAAGUGCAUUACCAGGAAGACGAAACGUAGCCCUGAGUCCCAGACCUCAGGGAUGUUACUGUCCUCUGUCCCCUCCACCUCUAAAUCGGGCUAAAGAUCUUUCUUACUGCCAGUAUGCUAUGAAGCAACAUUUGAGGAAAGCAGAUACCUACGGGAGCCUUCUCUGAAAUCUCUUCCCGGCUUAAUGUGCAGAUGUGGGAUCCUGCCAGCCCCAGAACUCUCUGGGGAGCAAGAAUUUCUGUUUCAGAUUAUCAGUUCUGCUCUUUGAGUUCCCAGAGUUUUCUGGAAGCAACAGAUCCCAGUGCAAUGGCAUGACCAAGAUUAUCUGGCUACCAUUUUGGUUUCUCCUAAAUUCAUUGUUGUAUGGCUCCAAGUGUACUUCUCCCGCACCCAUCAUGUGCCUGACACAGAGCAGCCCUCAAUAAAUUAUUUGUCAUAUGACUGACCAACUUA